AUGGCGCUGAGCCUUGGUGUUAAUGGUUGAUAUUAGAAAAGAAAGGUAAGGUCAAGCACAUGAGAGCGGUGAGUUUGCCCGUACAAAGUCCAGAGUAGGCAGGUGUAAGUGAUCCGACCUGUGGGCAAUAUCGUGACGACAAGGUAUCUUAUACCCCAACACCUUCUCUUGUUGGUUUCCCCAGGAUAGGUACUAUCAUAGGUAAGGCAAGGUAACAUUGAAGUUCCCGGAACCAUGGUGUGAAAAUCAGAUCACCUUUGUUGGCUGAAAGGGGCUAGGGCUACCUGGUUCUGGACCUGCCAAACCAAGGAGCGCACGACACACACCUUUGAUGACCAAAAAGCACCCCACCACAAGAUCUAUAUCACAUCCCCACUCGUAUGUUCACCGACGAUGAUAGGUGACAAAUUAUCUCCCUGUGCAUAAGGUGACAGGUUAUGCCUUUGCUAGAUCCUCCGAGACACCACGGAUGACGUCCUCAGCCGUGUUCUCUGUCGCCUUGGCUGAUACCUAGAUCGGUGAUAGCUCCGGCUGAAUGAGGUGGCAUAUCUGGUCAGAUCCCCGUUGACCUUUUUAUCAAGAAAAAGCAAGGGGUUCCGGGAAACCUGAGGGAUUUCAUGAUCGGAUUUCCGAUCUGGCGUGCUAUUGGAGAGUUUGGGUGAUCACAGCAGCAGAAUGGGAAAAGCAAACAUGAUUUUUUUUGGGCCGCGCAGCAAUGAGCCGCACUUUGGAUGACUGUCAAGACGGAGGUUUCCGAGCGUGCUGGCUGCAGGUUGGAGGAUUUAAAGAGGUCGGUGAGCAGCUGGAGACGGCACUUCAGAGAUGAAGGUUUAUGGGAAGAGAGGUAGUAUAGGUAUACACGACUAGGUUACACUGCCCCUUUCAGACCCAGUUUGGCUGCAUCAUUGUGAAUGCGGGGUUCGGGACCGAAAAAGUGGUGUGACUUUGAUCUGAUAGGAGGGGUUUGAUGCUGUUGGACAUAUCCUGUGAUAGUUAUCAGUGUAGGUAUGAAAUGAAGUCAGCCAACGGGGCACAAACACAUUCCAUCUGAUGAUGUAUCUAUCUCCUUCAACUUUCUCGAGUCUCCCAUCAAGUCUGUCAUUGUCUGAUGUUGAAAGCUCCCCGCCAAAGAGCCAACGUUGAGGCUUGGCAUGGAUAUCACCUACCCAUAGUACCUAUUCAUCCGAGACCCUGAAUUGAUACUGAUACUGGUCCAAGACAUACCUGAUUAAAGAAGAUAUCCCCAAGAAAAGACCUUGUGCUCACUGACACCAGAUCGUAUCGUUCAACACGUGGGAGAUCCGAGGGCAGCAUCCGGGACAUCCUGACAAAGAUAUGCAGGGAUGGCCCUGACCAGGCGAUCAGCCAAACGAUCUGGGGAUUCCAAAGCCUUGGCAGCACUCCUUCUGGAAGCCAAUGCCGGGGCCGACGCGAAUGUCAGAUGAGCUUCCACGCUUCUUGACCGAGCCCCUGAAUACGCGUUCAUAUCGGUGAUACGGAGUAUUGGGCAACCAACCUGUUGGAAGGAGCGGAAGCACGGUCAUCUCAACACAACUUCCAAGCUCCCGUCUUUGAGGACCAGAGACUGGCUGUCACUGUUACUAGCGCUGGCCAACGACGGAAGCUCGGUCCAUCUUCCACCUCAAUUACAGUGGACACCCCGCGCCUGCGCCACCAAGAAACGACGUCUGAGAAACAAGAAAGCCGCUAACAAUUUUGGAGCUCCCCGUUCGUCCAAGUGCCACUCACAGUCGCGCUCCAGCUCCCAUCCUUUGGGCACGAGUUGUCAUCGUAAUUGGCGUCGCCUGUUCCGAGUUGGAACUGUUUAUAUUGUUCUCCAGGACCCUUUUCGAUAAUCAACUCUCGAACACUGUCCAUAAAAUCCCCAAAGGCCUAGAAACGUGGCUCCCCCCCUGGCAGAUGAAACGGAACGAGCCCCUUGGUUACAAUUCUAUCGAGAAACGAGAUUACAACAUCCAGGCGACUUCACUGUUUGCAAGACACCACCAGCCCAGCCACCACCUACGGAUACCUCACCCUGACUGCUAUCAAGAGUCCGUUUGAUCAAUCCCUUGCGCUCGAAACUCACCAUCACCAGUCAAGUGGGCGUUUGUCGACGGUACUUGGGGCGUUUGGUCGGUGGAUGAGGACCAGGUCCUGUCCCGACGGCGCCGAGGGAUGCAGACGGCAAAGGGAAAGGCUGAGGCGCUUGGACGGAAGGCCAAGCUCACUCAGUCGUACCAAGAGCUCCUCGACGAGUUCUCCAACAAGGACCUGAAAUCUGUCGGCAACUACACUCUAGGCCGGUUAAUAGGAAAAGGAUCCUUUGGCAAGGUUUACCUUGCUACCCACAAACUCACAAAUGGCUCCAAGGUUGUUCUCAAGUCGGCGAAGAAGGACGAUGCCAACCUGGCCCGCGAGAUUCACCACCACCGCCAAUUUGUACACCCACACAUAGCAAGAUUAUACGAGGUGAUUGUAACCGAAUCCAUGGUAUGGCUGGUGCUGGAAUACUGCUCAGGUGACGAGCUCUACAACUAUCUGAUCGACCAUGGCAAACUCCCCGUCGAAAAGGUGCAAAAGACGUUUACGCAGUUGGUCGGCGCCGUGUCCUAUGUCCACCAACAGAAUUGCGUUCAUCGCGACUUGAAGCUCGAAAAUAUCCUUCUCGACAAGAAUGAGAACGUCAAGCUGUGCGACUUUGGCUUCACCCGGGAAUACGAGGGCAAGGCCAAUUACCUUCAGACCUUUUGCGGCACCAUAUGCUAUUCGGCCCCCGAAAUGCUAAAGGGAGAGAAAUACGCCGGCGAGAAGGUGGACGUGUGGAGCUUGGGGGUCAUCUUAUACGCUUUGCUCACGGGUGAGCUGCCGUUUGACGACGACAACGACCAGGUCACGAGAACCAAGAUAUUGAUGGAGGAACCAAACUAUCCCGAUUUUAUACCAGCCGACGCCUUGUCACUCCUCAAGCUGCUCCUCUCGAAACGCCCCCUGCUACGACCGACACUACCGGAUAUUCUGGCGCAUCCUUUCCUCGCCGAGCACGCACCGCAGCAGCAAGAGAUCCUCAAACUGGAACGACCGGCACCUUUUUCGACCCCUCUUGAGAAGGAGGUACUGCACCGGAUGAAGAGUGCCGGGGUGGAUAUCGAGGCUGUGAUGGAGAGCGUCAUUUCUCAGCGAUGCGAUGCUCUGGGGGGUUGGUGGACGUUGCUGCUCGAAAAAGAAGUACGCAAAGUGAUACGCAGAGAGAGGAAACGAAGAGAGAGGGCCGAGAAUAGGAAUUCACGCCGCUUCUCCCAAGCUUCCAGUCGACUGAACGCUCUGGCGACGGUCGAGGAAUCCCAGUUCGCGAAGCUCUCAGAUACCCCCCAUAGGACACGGGGCCGGAGCCAGAGGAGAAGCGCCCACUACCCUAGCUUGACGAUUCCAGACUUGCCCGGGUUUGCCGACUUUUCCAAGACUGGAAACGGAAAUCUUGCUCUUAGUCCUGAUGGGGAGGUGCCACCUCCACCGAUUGACAAGGACUCGAUAAGGUCAGUCAGCUCGUCGAGGCAUCGGAGGCCAAUCCCACCACCAAAGGAAGGGGUUCUAAGAAGCGCACGCUCUAGGGGCAGCACCCUCCAUCUAGUGACGACAACAGACGCACUAGAGGCCACCACCACCUCGCAGGCAGGUGACCCAAAGAAGGUGAAGAAACGACCGUCACAUGCCAUCCUUGCGACGUGGAAGAACUGGACACAUUGGCUCUUUGAGCACACGGGGAUGAAGAAUGCCAGCAGGCGUGGAGGAAGCCAGUCGGCACCUAACCUCCUUUCCAAGCAGACAAGCGCAAAGGAUACCAAGUCAAAAGAUGCCAGUCCCCGGCCCCAGACCAGCAAGUAUCCGGUGAGCGGGUCUAAUGCAGCUCCUGCUACCGCCAGCCUACCCAAGGGUGUGGUUGCCAAUGGCUACCCACCCCGCGGCUCUUCGGCUGCUCAAGGGACGUCGUCCAACCCAAUAUCGCCGACCUUGUCGACCCCAUCCAUGCACCAUCCCCGGAUGCCCAGCUCCUCUGGGUACAAACGGCAGUCCAUGUCGCCUUCACCUUUGACACCCCGCUCAACCGUCCGGCGAUCCUCUGGGCCCACUGGACUCCGCGGACGAAAGUCUACCUCGUCAUCUGUCUCGUCAGUGCGGUCCCUGCACCACACGCACCACCAUAGCCACAGCAAGGCUAGCUCAACGUCGUCGAACGGUUCCGUCUCCACGUCGGUUUCCAAGACGCCAAUGCAGAAUGCUCGAAGUCCCCACCACUCUGUCAAGGUUUUACCGGCCACUCCUACGGGCAACACCUUUCCCAGCAACAUCCGUCUUGUGCGGGACCGCAGCGGACCACCCCUGAGCGUCUUCAACGAAGGAAUACCGGCCUUCAACGGAGCCAUGAUUCCACAGCCCCCAGGCAGCCCGAACCCCUUUUCGGGUAACGGAGUCAUGUUCGCCAAACGCAAGCGGAACAUCUUCAAGGGGCCCAUGCUGAGUUUGUCAGGUUCAAGGGACACACGCAGUUCGGGGUCUGGAUCAGCAAGCCAUUCUAGAAGUGCGAGUGCUAGCGGUCUCGGGCGUAGGAGCGGCGAGAUGGCGAUUCAGGAGGUGGACGAGGACGACGAAGACGACAAUCUGACCGAACGGGGAAGGGGUCCUCCGAGUGUGACAGACGAACUUGAAGAGGUGGAAGAGGUUGACUCUUUCUCGCCAAUCGUCAAAGGCCCGGGCGAGAUUGUGGAGGAGAAGAUUUAUGAGGAGGGAGAGGAAGAGGCAGAGUUGAAAGCGGGGUUGCCUGGCUUGCAGCCCGCGGCGACGAUAACACCAUCGCCUGUGUUAUGA